GUUGCAAACCUGGCAACAGACAGAGAGCAAAAACCAUGGAUCUUAUGGAAAUCACAAAGUGAAUAUCUGACGAUGACCAUUCAACUGAAAACUAACUUCAUCGCGGUAAAGACAUGUUGACCUUCAGCAUAUGGAGUCAUAAUUUGGUUCAUCUCUAUGAGAGGAUGUUUUCUGUUCCAGACAAGUUUCAUCCUCAUCCUGCCUUUGACAAUGAUAUCUUGGGCAACAACAUUUGUGCUGCUGAUGAUUCUGGGAAACUUCAGAGUCGAUUCCAUCACAUGUCAUCUAACUGAAUACAGGAUAGGAGAAGAGUGCUGUCCUAUGUGUCCUUCUGGCCAUCGAGUCAAAACAGACUGUACAGAGUUUAAAACUCCAGAAUGUCAGAGAUGUUCUGAUGGGACGUAUAUGGACCUACCAAAUGAACUAAAGAAAUGUAAUCCAUGUUCUACCUGUGAUUCAGGAGCUGGUCUGAAGGAAAAGCAACAAUGUAAACUAACUGCAGACACAGUUUGUGAACCAAUGGAGGGAUUCUACUGUACAGACUUUAAAUCAGGAGGUUGUGUUGUAGCACAGAAACACAGGAGCUGUGAACCAGGACAUUACAUCAGGAGGAAUGGAACAGCCUCCACAGACACAGAAUGCUCUGAAUGCAGCAGAGGAUCAUUUUCUAAUGGAACAAUGUUUUCAUGUCAGCCUCACACACAAUGUGAAAAAGAAAACCUUCAACUGAUAAAAGAAGGAACAACUUCAACUGAUGCUGAAUGUGGAAAAAAAAGUUCCAACAUCCCACGAAUUGUGAUCGGUGUUGUGAUGGCUUUAUUAGUUGUAGCAUUGAUUGGUGGUGUUUUUCUCUGGAAACAUAAAAAAAACAAACCACAAAAUAUUUGUAUAAAACGACAAAAAGCCCAAAGGGACCAAGAAGAAGGAGAAGAACAGGGAGUCUGUUUAAAUGUACAAGAGCAAUAAACACACACUGAUGGUGGCAAACUACUAGCUAGUAGCCAGUAGUUUGCCACAGUCUAACAGAAGUGAUGCUACCAAACAUGGACACCACCAGGACCUCUGAUCAGCACAGCAGACAAGACAGGUGAACUGUCUUGUCCAAUGUCAUAACAACAGAGAUGGGUGAAGCGGGGAUUAAAUGAGUAGUGACCAGCACCAAUAGGGAAGACAGGUGGACUGUCUUGCAGAAGGACACAAUUAAACCUACUGAUUGCAGGGCGAAGUUCUACCACCAUCAUCAGUAAAUGAAUUACUUCAUGUGAAACCAACCUGAAACAUUUGUACAGUUUUAUAAAGAAACCUGAUGAUCCUGGUCUCAUCAGUGAGAUCCACCAUCUUUAAGAUCAUUUUAUUCAUAUUCAUAUUCUGCUUCACAGGAACCUGACAUAAAAUGUUAAUAUUGCUAAUAUGUUUCAGAGUUUAUGAAAACCUAAAAACACCUGAACAAAUAGUAUUACAGUUUUUAUUGUUUUUCUUUUGCAGAUAGAAAUGCUCAAGUGAAUAACUGUACAUAAUAAAUUUCAUCUUCUAAAAUACCUUUUAUGAAUUUAUUGUUACGACAUAUUUACCAUACUGAGUGUUGUAGCAAAGUGGUGAAGAAGUAAAUUAUCAGGGCCAUUCAUUGGUUCAUUUGUUCUGCUCAGUAGAGAAUUUAAGAAAUCAACAACAUGACACUCUAGCCAUGUUGUUGGCUACUAGUGAAUUAUAGAUUCACUGAGUGUGAUUAUAGAUUCUGACAGUGUUGAAUGUAAUAAACCUGAUAACAAAA